AUGAUCUCCUUCUGGCCCCGAUCCACCCCGGCUCGCGCUCUCCGCGCUCUCCGCGCCGCAUCGGCGAUAGGGUCACCACGCCAACAAUACUUCAGCUCACCGUCUCCCUCCAACCUCCCUCGAAGAACACCUCCCACCACCCGCAACCACUCAACAUCCUCUGUCUCCCCCGAUGAACUCUCUCACUUCUCCACCCUCGCCAGCUCUUGGUGGGAUCCAAUGGGCCCGUCCCGCAUCCUCCACCUCAUGAACCCCCUCCGCCACGAGUUCAUCGCCUCCUGCCUCGCCUCCAGUCCUCCCCCGCCAACCGACACACCUUCCACAACCGCCAACCUGCACUACCUCGACAUCGGCUGCGGUGGUGGGAUCUUCGCCGAAUCGCUCGCGCGCACCAUCCCGCUCGAUGCGUCCGCGCCCGCGCCGACCCCGACUCGCGCUGCCUCCAUGACCGCCAUUGACCCCACAACUCCUCUGAUCCAAGUCGCCCGCGAGCACGCACGGCUUGAUCCAACUGUGCACACGCAUCUUCAGCGCGGCACGUUCCGCUACCUGAACACGACGCUGGAAGACGUGCUGGCGGAGACGCCCACGCCGCAAUUCGACAUGGUCACGCUGUUCGAAGUGCUGGAGCACAUCGACUUGACAACGACCAAGCCUGCAGCCUUCCUGGCAAAUUGUCUGCGCGCCGUGAAACCCGGCGGGUGGCUGCUGGGCUCGACGAUCGCGCGCAGCCUGCCGUCGUUCGUGCUGAACCAGGUGAUUGCGGAGGCGCCGUGGCCGAUUGGCGUGGUACCGCGUGGCACGCACGAGUGGAGUAAGUUUGUGAACCCUGGGGAGUUGGAGGGGUGGAUGCAGGAAGGAUUGAUGCGGGCUGCGGACUCCGGGGGCCAGCGCGGCGGUGCGGGGGCAUUGGAGGGGAUGCAGUGGAAGUGUGUUGGGACAAUUUAUGUGCCUGGGCUGGGAUGGAAGAUGGUUCCUGGAUCAGAAGAUUGGGGCAAUUAUUUCUGGGCUGUGAAGAAGGGGGUUUGA